AUGGAUGCUGAGACGGAUUCUCUGCUGACUCUCGUGGGACAGGCGCGCGUUCUCCUGGUCGGCGCUGGCGGUAUCGGAUGCGAGCUACUGAAGGACCUCGUCUUGACCGGCUUUGGAGAGGUCCACAUUGUCGACCUGGAUACCAUCGACCUGAGCAACCUCAACCGGCAGUUCCUAUUCCGACACGAACACAUCAAAAAGUCAAAAGCCCUGGUCGCCAAAGAGGCAGCGCAAAGAUUCAACCCAGACGUCAAGAUCGUGGCACACCAUGCGAACAUCAAGGAUUCCGAGUUUAACAUCGAGUGGUUCGACGGCUUUACGAUAGUGUUCAAUGCGCUGGAUAACCUAGAGGCGCGGCGGCAUGUGAACAAGAUGUGCCUAGCAGCUAAUGUUCCGCUGAUCGAAAGCGGAACGACAGGCUUCAACGGCCAGGUCCAGGUUAUCAAGAAGGGUGUUACUGCAUGCUACGACUGCUCGCCAAAAGAGACACCCAAGUCGUUUCCGGUAUGCACAAUUCGGAGCACGCCAAGCCAGCCGAUUCACUGCAUCGUGUGGGGAAAGAGCUACUUGCUGAAUGAGAUCUUUGGCUUGAGCGAGGACGAGUCCGCCUUCGACCGCUCAGCGGAUGCCGAGAACGCCAAGGAGAUUGAGGAGCUGAAGAGGGAGUCAGAGGCCCUCCGAAAGAUCCGGCAGUCAGUGGGUACGCCUGAAUUCCCGCAGAUGCUUUUCGACAAGGUCUUCAAGACGGAUGUCAUUCGAUUGAGGUCAAUGGAGGACAUGUGGAAGUCGAGGAAGCCUCCGGAGCCGCUCGACUACCGAAGCCUGGUGGAGAAGUCAUCAGCAGAGAUCGCGGACAAGGACGCCGUGUUGAAAAAUGGGCAAACGAUCUGGUCGCUGGAGGAGAACCUUGUUGUCUUCAACGACAGUCUCGAUCGCCUAAGCAAGCGCAUCCUAGAUAUGAAAGCCGCCCAGAACGGUCCGGCCCAAGAUACAAUCAUCACCUUCGACAAAGAUGAUGAAGACACGCUCGACUUUGUUGCCGCCAGCGCAAACAUCAGGUCGACUCUUUUUGGCAUUGAGCGCAAGUCAAAGUUUGACAUCAAACAGAUGGCUGGCAACAUUAUUCCCGCCAUCGCCACAACCAAUGCAAUCGUGGCGGGCCUCUGUGUUCUUGAAUCGUUCAAGGUUCUCAGGGGAGAAUAUGACCAGGCAAAAGAGGUUUUCCUAACCCCUUUCGCGUCUGCCCGUCUUCUGGCUUCGGACAGGUCGAGAGAGCCGAACCCAGAUUGCCCAGUUUGCAGCGUGUUCCAAACGCGUGCUUACGUCGAUCUGUCGCGAGCGACGCUCAGCGACCUUGUCGAGGACUUCCUCAAACUGGACCUGGGUUACGGCGAGAAGGAAAUCUCUGUCUCCAGUGAUAUUGGCAUUCUCUACGACCCGGAUGAGACGGAUAAUCUAGAUAAGAAACUGACGGACCUUGGCAUCACACCAGACUCGUUCUUAACAAUCAUAGACGAGGAUGACGACGACCCGUGCGUUAAUGUCAUACUCGCCAUCCAAGAGUCAAAGGAUGUUUUAAAAUGCAAGCCCAUCACCAGGGCCUGGUCAGACGAGAUACGCAUUCCCACGAAGCCAAAAACAGCACCCGCGCCAGAAGUCAACAGCAACGGGCAAGAGAACGGAAAGCAUGUCCCUAACGGCGAUGUUUCCGAGUCCGUGCCGGCCAAGCGGCCGCACGUGGACGAGCCCGAGGAGGGCUCAAUAGCCAAGAAGGCAAAGCUUGCUUCCACAGCGCCUGCGCCUGAUGCAGACGAUGACGUCGUCAUCAUCUUUGAUAGCAGAAGCGGCGCUAUCGUCAUUGACGAUGACUGA